AGACAAACAGCAUCAAAACACACACACACAAUGGUGAACCCCAACCCCUCAGCGCAACUUCAUCCCGCAAAUUACCCAGCAGCCACAUCCUCCAAGAUCAUCCCCUCGAACAUGCGGGAUGUAGUCGAAACAUGGAUCCGGGCUUUCAACUCCUUCCUCAACAGCACGACCACCGUCUCCAGUUCCAGCGACAGCGCACUGGAGCGACUCUUCUUCUCCGAGUCGUAUUGGAGGGACCAUCUCCUCCUCUCGUGGGAGUUCCGUGCUGUGCAGGGUCCGCACGGCAUUCGUGAUUUCCUCGCCCAGCAGCCGUCGCGCACGCAGCUGGUGAUGGUGGGUUCCGGGGUGCCCAAAUUCACCAAUUUCGAUCACAAUGGGAUGGUCUGCGGGAUCGAAGCCAUGACCAGAAUUGAAAGCGAGAUUGGAUAUGGUCGAGGGGUGCUUCGUCUGAUGCAGGACGAUCGGACCAAAGAGUGGAAAUGCUUUACGCUGUUCACCACUUUACGCGGACUGCGGGGAUGCCGGAGCCCUGUUGAAAGUCAAGCGGAGGAUGAUGAUGAUGAUGAUGACCCUCCUCUGCCACCGACGAGGUCGAUGUCGUAUGAGCGCCAUCACAAUCCCGCCGUGCUUGUUGUUGGGGCAGGACAUACAGGGCUGAUGAUCGCCGCUCGACUCCAAAGAAUCGGCAUUUCCUCGCUCAUCGUGGAGAGAAAUCGUCGAGUGGGCGACAACUGGCGGAAUCGAUACCAUCGGCUUCUUUUGCACGACCCGGUUUGGUAUAACACCAUGCCAUUCCUCCCCUUCCCCAAGGACUGGCCCAUCUUCUCAUCCAAAGACGAAUUCGGCGACUGGCUGGAAUUCUACGCCUCCGAAACCAACCUUGCCGUCUGGACCUCUGCGGCCGUGAAGAGCGCCAUCUGGACAGAGACUGGGUGGCAGGUUACCGUCGAGCGCAGAGGCCACGACGGACAGCCAGAACUCUACACACUGUCCCCCCGCCAUGUCAUCCAAGCGACCGGGAUUGCCAGUGAGGCGAGAAUAUUGCACGUGCCGGGCAUGGAGUUGUUUCAAGGUCGGCUCUGCCAUUCCUCGCAGUUCGACCGAGCGACGCCUCCCCGCAGUGGUGGUGCACGCCCGCACGCAGUCAUUGUCGGGGGUUGUAGCUCGGCGCAUGACAUUGCGGUGGACUUCUACGAGAACGGGUACGAGGUAACCAUGGUGCAGCGGUCCUCGACGUGUGUCGAUCCCUCGGAUUACAGCAAAGGGAAGGGGCUGUAUACGGCCGAUGGUCCGCCCACCGGCGAAGCGGACUUGCUCACCCAGAGCGUCCCGACUCCGGUGCUCAAGCGGAAAGAAAUGGAGCUGACGCAGCAGCUGCGCGAUAGACAUGCGGGGGUUUUCACCGGUCUGGAAAAACGGGGGUUUGCUCUCAAUUGGGGGCCAGGGUCUUCUGGGCGGAAGCUAAUGUUUCUCGAGACCGGCGGGGGCUACUACAUCGACUCGGGUGCCUCGCAGCACAUCAUCAAUGGCGACAUCAAGGUGAAGCAGGGCAGCGAGCCGGUGCGCAUCUACGACAAGGGCCUUGUGUUAGCGGACGGGACCGAUCUGGCCGCAGAUGUGGUAAUUUUCGCAACAGGAUACGAGAACUUGAGUAAGUCGACGCGUAAGAUCUUCGGGGACCUGGUGGCCGAUAGGUCGAAUGCAUCCUGGGGCUUGACUCAGGAAGGGGAGCUGAAGUCCGUCUGGCGACGAUCAGGACUUCCUGGAUUCUGGGUGGCUGCGGGUAAUAUCGCCCUUUCCCGGUAUUACUCGGCCCUUCUCGCCUUGCAGAUCCAGGCGAUUGAGGAGUCGGUAGUGCAAUACGGCGAUGAUUGAUCCGGUUUGCUUGGGGGUGAUGUUGCAUCGGGAGAUAUUCCGACAUGGUACUACUUACUAAGUAGUAAUAGUAGCAGCGGGGCCCGGAUAUCAACCGCAUACUGUAUUGUAUUCAGCCUCAUGAC